CAUGGUGUGGUACUGGUCGGCCAAGGCUCACUACCUUGUCACACAGCUCUGGGGUAUCCAUGGAAUUGACAGGGACACCCUGCGGUGCCUCACAGAAUGCCUGCAGCGGGAACGCUCCCCAGGAUCACCCAGCAGCACAGCUGGACACUCCCCAGCCCCAGAGCCCCCUGAGGCAGCAGGAAUUCAUCCAUGCAGCAGAGGAGUGAGUGGAGCCGUGCAGGAUGUGCGUGAACUGAAACAUCCAGGUGGAGGAGAGCACUCGGCAUCGCUGUGUCCACACAUUCCAGGUCUGGAAUCUGCUCCAUUACUGCCCCGGCAGCACCAGGAUCGCCCUUCCAGCACCUCCCCUGCAAAGCAGGAGAGAGCAAACUGUGACAAGUGGCAGGGUGGCCCCAGCAGGGUGUCCCAGGUGACCCAGGACAUGGCCACGAGGAGGCUCCACAUGGCUCAGUUCCUGCGCAGGAAGGGCCCCAUUGCGAGCAAGGAGCAGUAUGUUGCAUGUGCCAGGCAAAUGGUUUCUGAUGGGCAGGUGGUUGUUAAGUUUGGGAACAUCCUUGCCAAGCACUGCCUGGACCAGAGAUGCUCCAUGGAGCUGCUCCGUGCCACUGAGCACACCCAAUCCAUCAGCAGCCAGCUCGGCAUCGUGGCCAGGGUGAAAGCAGUGACUGGGGAGAGCAGGGCCUCCUCUGAGCUGCUGCUCAGCAACGUGCAGAACCUCAUUCAAGCAGUGCAGCACGUCCUGAGGGCGGCCGAGGCGGCGUGUGUCAAAGGUUUGGGACAACCCCCAGCAGAUCCUGAAGAAGAAGAAGUUGCUGCUUUCUGCCAGCAGUGGAGGAAAAAUCUGACACAGCACAGAGCCAAGGAGGCUUUAAAUUCCGACCGGGAUGAAUUAGGGCUCCGGAAAACUCGAGGGGCAAAGGCUGAGCCCACCCUGAUGUCUCUGGUGCAAGAGCAACCCCCUCGGAGCAGGAAUAUCCCAAAGCAUCCCAGUCCUAGGAAAGGACACACAGUUAUGGACAGACAUCUGUAAAUCCAGAGGGGCUGCUUGUCCCAGUGCUGUUGGAAGCAGAGGAAUACUUUGCAGCGUGAAGGAUUCAUGUUGGAGUUUUUCAUUGUGGCAGGAAAAUCUUGGAACAGGCUCCGUGGGGAGGCCAGGAAUCUUCUGGUGAGUGUUUUACCCCCAGGUGGUGAGAUGGGAUGGACGGGGCUCUGGAGAAUCCUGAUCCAGUGGGAGGUGUCAGAGGUAUCCCUGCCCAUGGCAGGGGGUGGAAUGGCAUGAGUUAAGGUCCCUUCCCACCCAAACUAUUCCAGGAUUUUGAGAUCCAGAUGUGCUCAGGCUUUGUGACAUCCUUCAGCCUUUCCUCCUUCACAUAUCCAGGGAUACAGCAGUGGGGAGUGUUUUGUCUCACCUGCUGCCCCCGAGCCAGCAGAUUUCUUCCCAAAAUCCCACUCAGCCCCAGGAUUCUCUCCUAUCCAGAGUAAACAUUCACUUCCCAAGAUCACCCACCUCACAGCUUCCAGAGUAUCCCAGACUGGUGACACUGCUGCUCCUCUAUCCUGGCUCUCCACAUCCAUCCUUCCAGCCUCAGGAUCACGAGUUGACUGAUGGAAACUCUGCUCCAUGCUGGAAUCCUGCAGGAAAGGUGGAAGGGAGCCUCCCCUGUGGAAUACACAAUCCAACACCACAGCAGAUCACAACUGGCUCCAUGGUGGCUGCAGCCCAUUCCAGCCCACCUUGGUGUCCCACCUGCAUCCCAACCACCUUCCCCAGCCCAGGAAUUCCAUUACAUGCAUGGCAGCAAGGAAUCUCCUCCAUAUUCCAAGAAAAAGCAGCAGCAGGCACACUGGAGACUCUGGGAAGCAAUCUGCAAUGGAUAAAGCAGAGGAGG